AUGUCGCAAGUGGAUAGUGUCUUCACGCUCGACGAUCGUGUGGACUUCAUACCCGAGGCUGACCUCCUGCCGCCCUCACAAUUGUCUCCCAUCAGCGCCAGGAGCUGGGGCCAGAAGGGAUCACUCUCCCCUUCUCCUUCCUAUUCAUCCUCUUCAUGCUUCCUCCCGACCCGAGCGACGGAGAUGAAUGGUGCUGAUGCGGACCAUGGCUCGCUUGUAGAUGGGGUGGUUGAGCCGGGAGCAUUGAUUAUGCUUCUAUCACCACCGCCUAGGGAUUUUAUGGCAUCCUAUGGCAUGUCUUCUUUGUCUCAAAGAUGGGCCACCACUGCAAGAGUUUUCUGCUCAAAGCUUGCAAGUGCUGAUGUUAUUGGGAUUGAUUUAGGCACCACAAACUUAUGUGUGUCUGUCAUGGAGGGGAAGACACUAAAGGUGAUUGAGAAUGCAGAAGGUACGAGGACUACUCCAUCUGUUGUUUCCUUCAAUCAGAAGGAUGAGCUUUUGGCACCUAGUGGAGAUGCAUGGAUGGAGAUGAAUGGUCUGCAAUAUUUGCCUAACCAGAUUGGUGCAUUUGUCCUCACCAGGAUUGGUUAA